GAUUAUGCAGGUUCAAUUCAAUCAAAGAUAACCGUGCAACAACACAUUACUCAUUCAGAUUUUUUUUCCCACUACAGUUAGUUGAUACUGCAUAACAAGUAAUGGCUGGUGUACUGACAGAUGAUCAAAUAGCUGAAUUCCAAGAAGCCUUUUGCCUCAUUGACAAGGAUUGUGAUGGAUUCAUUAGCGUGGACGAAUUGACAGCCAUUUUCCGAUCAAUAGUAGGGAACCCAACAAAAGAAGAAAUCGAAGACAUGAUCAGUGAGGUGGAUCUUGAUGGGAAUGGAAGUAUAGAUUUUGAGGAGUUCUUGAAUAUUAUGAGUAGAAAACUUAAGGAAACUUUAUCUGAAGAGCUGAAAGAAGCCUUCAAAGUGUUUGAUAGAGAUCAAGAUGGAUACAUAUCCGCCAUUGAGCUAAGGCAUGUGAUGAUGAAUUUGGGAGAGAGACUGACGGAUGAAGAGGCAGAACAAAUGAUUAGAGAGGCAGAUUUGGAUGGGGAUGGACAAGUUAGCUUUGAUGAAUUUGCAAGGAUUAUGAUGCUCAAAUGAUUUCAUUUGUAAAAACUUUUUUAUUUGUUUCUUUGUACAAUGACUAAUGUUGUAAAAGGUUCAAUAUGAAUUUGGAUUUUCUUUUGAAUU